GCAGUAAGCGCCUAAAGCUGAAAAUGUAUGAAAUUGCCUAAACCAGUACCGGGAGUUAUGCUGAAAUCACCAAGAUUUGAAAAAAUGCAGUUCGCCAUAGUUUUCAUUUUUAUAAGCACUUAUGUUGUACGUGAUCUAUCAUUAGCCACUUCAAUACCAUCAUUUGAAUCAAACAAAUUUGCAGCAGUAGGAAUUGCAAUAAAUGUAUUGAACAAUUAUUUCUUUAAAGUAGAAGACACUCAAGUGAAGCGUGUUAACAGAAUCGGUUCUAAGGCUUCUUUGGUUAAAGAAACAACUGAGAGUGUGGACAAAUCUCUUGAUAUGCAGAAGAAAACGAAAAAGAUAUGUUUUAACUUUAAACGCAUACAUGAGAAUGGAUACACACUUUUGAUGUGGGCAUCUUACAAUGGGAAUAUCAAAGCCGUGGAGUUUUUGCUGGCGUUAAAAUCUGAUGUAAACGACAUGACAGUGUACGGUGAAACAGCUUUGACUUUAGCAUCUCGUCAAGGACACGCUAGAAUUGUCGACUUACUGCUUCAACACGGUGCUGAUUUUAAUCUGACAAUUUUAGAUGGGGUCAAUGCCCUUAUGUUAGCCUCGUUGUAUGGGCAUCAAGAUACAGUGGAGGUCUUCUUAAAUUAUGGUGCUGAUGUAAAUGCAGAGACUCGUCUAAAUAUAAGUGCAUUUACAAUGGCAAUACAUAAAAACCAUACCAAUGUUGUAGAAUUGUAUCUAAAGUACAACACCAGAAACAAUAAACAAGCUAUAAAAAAGAAAACAUUGGAAAAUGCAUUUUUUCAUGCAUCAAUCUAUGGCUUUCCUAAUAUAGUGAAAUUGUUUAUUAAGUAUAAUAUCUACAACACGAAUAAUAUGAAUAUCGGCGCAUUUGCAGCACUCGAAAAAUACCAACAUUCUGUACUGAAAGUGUAUUUUCAACAUGUUGAUGUUAAUUCUAUACAAUACAGUAACUUCACGCUGCUACAGUAUGCAGCAGCUAAAGGCGAUGACGUCAACGUCAAGUUUUUGUUAGAAAAUAUGGCUGAUAUAAACAAAGUUCUACCUGAUCGGGAAGUCACACCGUUAAUGUUUGCCACAGAAAGAGGUCAUUUAUCCACUGUUAAAAUACUAUUAAAAUACAGAGCAAAUGUUAACUAUAUAACAAAUGAAUUAUUUUCUGCAUUAAUAGUUGCUAUAUACAACAAUAAUGAAAAUAUCGUUGAAACGCUUCUACAACACAAAGCAGAUGUCAAUCACAGGUAUAACGGAGAGAUAUCAGCUUUAAGCUUUGCAGUAUCUGAAGGUUCGUUGGAAAUUGUAAAAUUACUGCUAAAAUAUGGAGCUGAUGUAAAUCAAGUUUCUAAUAUCAGAGUGAGUGCAUUGAUGAUAGCAGCUGAAAAAGGAUUAGACGAUAUAGUAAAGAUUCUGCUUGAAAAUAAAGCUAAUGUGCAUAUUAAAGAGAUUGAAUAUGAGAGAAACGCACUUAUCUCUGCAUCAAAUAAAGGACGUGUAGGUACUGUGCAACUACUAUUGAAACACGGUGCUAGAGUUGAUGACGUGAAUGUUUUUGGCUACACGUCACUGAUGGCAGCUGCAGAACAAGGUCAUGACCUUGUAGUUGAGUUACUGAUAAAAAACAGAGCAGACGUUAAUAAAACACACAUGAGAAAUGUUAAUGCAUUAAUGUUAGCUGUAUAUUCAGGACGUACCAGUACUGUGAAGCUGCUUUUGAAACACAACGCUAGAGUAAAUAGAAUUAUAGUGAAUCUCGCUUUAAAGAAACGUCGAGUCUUUAUUGUAAAAUUGCUUCGAGAAAAAAUAAAAGAAAAGUACAUUAAGCGUCAAAAGGGAUUAACCUUAAAACAGUCCAACAAAAAUACAAAAACCACAGCAUUCAAUCAAGGUAAGAAACAUUUUACAACUUCUGAACCAGAAUACAAAUAUUUCUGACGUCAAUGAUAAGUAGGCCUAAGCAAUUAUUAAU